AUGUCGAGCGAACGGUAUGGCAUGAUGCUUUGGCAUCCAACGCCGCCGGAAUCUGAUGCUGAUUGCCUUGUUGAUAUUGUCUUUCUCCACGGACUAAACGGCUCCAUCGGAAACACUUUCACACAGAACACUGGGCGGAUAGGCCGCAGGGCCCAUGUGACUUGGCCGAAAGAUCUUCUCCAGCAUGAUCUUACUGCGGACGGCGUUCUUCAAGCAAGGAUAAUGGGGUUCGGCUUCGACGCUGAUGUCUUCAACUUCUUCGGCCGAGCGGGCCGUGAAACUAUCGCCAGCACGGCAGAUACCUUCCUGGCAGCUUUAGCUGAUAUGCGACGGGAAGACUAUCAGCGUGAACGUCCGCUUAUAUUUUUCGGACACAGUUUAGGGGGCUUGAUUAUCAAGAGAGCCCUAUCCAAAGCUUGGCACGAAGACGAUCCAAGCAGCGGAGACGUGUUCCGCCGAAGGAGACUAACAGCGUCGAGCACGAGAGCAAUCAUCUUCGCAGGCACACCACAUCGCGGCGCAAAUGCUGCCCAUUUGGCAACAUGGGGCACAGCAUGGCUGGCUGCGUUUGGAGUUCAGACAUCGACUGAGAAUAUCAGAGAGCUACAGAUAGGUGCCAACACAACUCAGAUGCUCCGAGAUGAAUUCUUGAUUUUCAGGCGCAGAAUACGGGACCAGAGGACGAAGAUGACGCCUCCGCGGCCGGAUAUCACAAUAUAUACUUUCUGCGAAAGUCUUCCUAUGCCUAUUGGAGGAAUAAUUGUGACUAGGGAGUCUGCAGUCAUUGAUGGUCAGAAUGAAAUAGUCGCAUCCGUUCUCCAGCGCGACCAUCGGACUAUGGUAAAAUUCGGCAGUCGGGAUGAAAUAGGAUACAAGCAGUUCGUUAGUGCUAUGAAGGAUGUGAUUGAUGAAGUGCGAAGGGAGAGAACGUCUUCUACCUCAUCCCCUUCGACGCCCGUGAGCUACGGCUCCCUGGCGCAAGGGCAUGAAUGGGCUCUCAACUCUGGUCUACACCAAGUCAACCAGCAAACUCCCCCGCAACACAUUCUUUACCAUCGACCAUCUGCUUUUCUAGCAGAAUACAGCUCUCAUCCACCCCAACAACUCGUUCCUUACUUUGCACCGUCAGGAGCUUACCUCUCUUCGCGUGACUCGAGUGAAUCUAGUCGAUCCCCACAAAGUGUCUCACCGGCCAUAGUUUCAGCUUAUCAGCCCUACGAACCUUUUUCAGUACAUUGGGACUCGGAUACAGAGGAAAUCGCGAACCUUCUUGUUUCUGGAACAGAUCGACGGCUUUCAGCAGUACAUAGGACUGAUACGGAACACGCAAUUACUCUAUUUGAACGAGCACUGCACAGAUCGCAACAGUCCCGCAAACCUGACCCUCGCCAUCAAACAAAAGCUUACUUUGGCAUAGCCGACUGCUUCAGUGAUCUCAGUGAGAGUCCAAGCCGCAGACUUAAUGCUUCCCAAAAGCUUGACUACCACGAAAGGGCUAAAAAUGCCUGUCGCGAGGCCUUGCAGCUGGCGCAAGAAAGCGAUAGCCCCGGACAGCUCAGGCGGGCGCGGGUAUACCAGGCCCGUUUCGCCGCGCAAGAAGUGAUUCUCAAAAGCCAACGUGGUCACAUAGACUCUGAUCAGCUGAGGAGAUCAAAAGACGCGGCGGAAACUGCGCUUCGGAACGUUAUGUUCGAAUUGGAGCGGGAUGUGCACAGAGACCAUUCACUGUGGGAUAUAGCAGAAAGAAAAUUGCUCCAGCUAGAACACAUCAGGGUUUGA